AUGGCAAGAAAAUUAAAGGGGAAAUCAAUUCAAGCAAAAGGUUUAAAAGGAGCACUUAUACGACAUCAACAUAGUGAAAAAAUAACCUCCAAAGUUGUAAAAAAUGUUGAAAUCACAAAUCAAAAUAAAAUGGAUAAAUUAAAAUCCAUGAAAACAUCAAAACUUGCCCGAAAACAUAACAAAGCUCAUCAAAAAGAAGGGAAAAGUACAACAAAGGGGUUAAUGCCAUUUAAUAAAGAUGGAAAUGAUAAAGUAUUAUUGAUUGGAGAAGGAGAUUUUUCAUUUGCUAAAUCUUUAAUAUUACAAAAUUUCAUUCAACCAGAAAAUUUAAUUGCUACUAGUUUUGAUUCAUUUGAACAAUUAAUUAAUAAAUAUGAAAAUGUCAAUGAAAUAAUUGAAGAAUUGAAAAAUAUGGGAGUAAUUAUAAUGCAUGAAAUUGAUGGAACAAAUUUAUUAAAAAGUUUGAAAUUAAAUCCUAAUAAAUUAAAACGAAAUAACCAAAAUAGUGAUGUUGGUAAAGUGAAAAAAUUGAAAUUAUUUAAAGAUUAUGGUAAUGUGAAUUAUAUAAUGUUUAAUUUUCCUCGUAAUGGGAAAGGAAUAAAAGAUGUUGAUAGAAAUAUUCGUGAUCAUCAACGAUUAAUGUUACUGUUUUUCGAAAAUUGUCAACAAUUAUUUGAUGUGAUUAAUACUGAUACUAUUUCUGGAUAUAACACUUUCAACAGCAACAACAACAACAAUAAUAAUGCCAGUGGUUCAUCAUCAACAGGGAAAAUCAUUAUUUCUAUGUUUGAAGGUGAACCGUAUCAUUCUUGGGGUAUAAAAAUAUUAGGUAAAAGUCAAGGAUGGAAAGUAGAAAGAUCUGGUAAGUUUGAUUGGUCAAUGUUUCCUGAAUAUCAUCAUCGUAGAACUACAAGUAUGAAAGAUACUACAAAACCAGCAAAUGAAAGAGAUGCUAGAAUGUAUAUAUUUGAAAAAUUCACCAAACAAGAUACUGUAAAACAACGCAAACGUGGUAAUGGUGAUAGUGAUGAUGAUGAUAGUGAUAGUGAUAAUGAUGAUUAG